GCGAGCGGUUGAGAUCCACAGAGAGAAACCGGGAGUCAGAGGAGUCUGUGUUUUCACGCGCGCUGAUUUAUAUCAAUUUACACUCUAAACUGCUUCUCCUGGUCGAUUCAUUCCACUCGGAUUAAUUACCCCACUCGGUGAUCAGAUUGUUGUUACAAAAAAAUGGCUGUAACGGAAACUCGCUGUGAUCUGACUUACUGCAAGAUGCGGGGGAUCGUGACUGUGCUCACCGCCUUCAUCAAAGAAAGGAAGAUGGGCUUGAAUGACUUCAUUCAGAAGUUGGUCUCCAACCCUCACAUCUGCCAACAUUCUCAAGUAGACCAUUUCCUGAAGGUUGACGAGAACCAGAACGAGGAAAUGGGCAGAGAUAGUGACUUCGGAUCACCCCAGAUGAUCCUGACCUCCCCAAGGAGCUCGCUAGCCGACGAAGUUCAAAUAAAACCCUGUGACUUUGAUUACCUGAAGAUCAUCGGCAAGGGGAGUUUUGGAAAAGUUCUACUGGCGAGACACAAGGAGACUGAUCAGUACUAUGCUGUGAAGGUGCUCCAGAAAAAGAUCAUUCUGAAGAAGAAAGAGCAAAAGCAUAUCAUGGCUGAACGCAGCGUUCUGCUGAAGAACCUCAAACACCCGUUUCUGGUGGGGCUUCAUUAUUCCUUUCAGACCACCGACAAGCUCUACUUUGUGCUGGAUUAUGUCAAUGGAGGCGAGUUGUUCUACCACCUUCAGCGAGAGAGGAUCUUCCUCGAACCCAGAGCUCGUUUCUACGCUGCUGAGAUCGCCAGCGCUCUCGGCUACCUCCAUUCCCUUCACGUUGUUUACAGAGAUCUCAAGCCGGAGAACAUCCUCCUGGACUCUCAGGGCCACAUAGUUCUCACAGAUUUUGGCUUGUGUAAGGAGGGACUUGAACCCGACGACACGACCACUACAUUCUGUGGAACCCCAGAGUAUUUGGCACCGGAGGUCCUUCAGAAGCAAGCGUAUGAUCGCACAGUGGAUUGGUGGUGCCUGGGGUCCGUCCUUUAUGAGAUGCUGUACGGAUUGCCUCCUUUCUAUAGUCGCAACACAGCCGAGAUGUACAACAACAUCCUGCACAAGUCUCUGGUGCUGAAGCCGAACGUGUCCAAUGCUGGACGCGAGCUGCUCGAAGGGCUUCUGCAGAAGGACCGCACUAAGAGGCUGGGAGCCAAGGAUGACUUCCUGGAACUCAAGAACCACAGCUUCUUCUCACCCAUCCACUGGGACGACCUGAUGGCCAGGAAGAUCACACCUCCUUUUAUCCCCUCAGUGACGGGGCCCACUGACUUGCGGCACUUCGACCCCGAGUUCACUCAAUUACCAGUCUCGAUGUCUGUGUGCAACUCCGACAACCUGCACGUGACGAGCAGCGUCCGAGAGGCGGCCGGCGCUUUCCCCGGCUUCUCGUACGGCCCUCCAGCCGACUUCGCCUUCCAGUAGACUUUUUCCGGUCUUCCCACAUUCCAGACCGAAUAUCCUGCACAAGACGAGCUAUACUGUAACCUCAGCACACGAGGGACCAGAGGCACAUAAGAGUUCACUGUGGACGGCUGUGAUUGCUCAUGUGAGGUUUACAGACCUUGAGAGAGAGAGUCACGUCUCUUUAAGAAAUGGGCUUCAGCCAUGAAAAGAAACGUGUGCCAAGUGUCUGGACGAGGAUAUUCCUUAUUGCGGGGGAGGAGAAGAAGUGCCUGGAUGUUUAAAUGACUGUACUGGCCAGGCUUUGGAUAAAGAGCAUGGCACUGAUUUAGAUGCCUUUUGGAUUUUUUUCUUUUUUUUCUUUUGCAUUUGAUCAAAACUUUGCGAAGUCAAGUAAAUGGUACUUUAUUGCAAUAUUACACACGAGAAGGAGAAAUCUGACAGCGUGAGAGUUUCACAGUGAAAAUUUCCCGAUCCUGCAUUAGUUCCAGGGUUUAGCUGAUAUUUCUCUCACAGAGUAGCUGAUUUGAUCUCCAUCUCCAUAAUCUCCUGCCUGUUAUUUACUAGAUAUCUUUAACGUUCUGUCUUACGAGGACUUCCUUUAUGCUUUAGCACAAAGCCAGCACUUAUAUACUGUGAUAUCUGCUUAUGUAAAUCGAGUCUUAAUACAAAACCAUUCAAACAGAAAAUUGGCUUUAUUUUAAUAAUAAUAAUAAUGUAAAAUAUAAAGUAUAAUGGUGACGAGUCCUUCAGACGGAUGUGUCAUGUAGACCCGUUCAGGGUCGAGCACUGAGAGAACCACGAACCUUUCAACGCACAAACGUUGCCUGUUUUGAAUAUUUUACGCACGCCGUCAUCUGUGUGCAUUUCUUUUCAUCCCGUUACGCUCCUACAAAACUUUGCUACUGUGCAAUGCAAUAUGGCUUUACACUGAACAGCAGAUGGUUAGAAAUAUUUCUAGACUCCUUCUCCUAUUAAAGAGAAACGACAGUAACGUUCGACAGGCCUUUCAUAGGUUAAUAAAUAAAAAGGUGCAUUUGUUUUGUACUGCAUUUGUUGGACCAAUCUUAACUUUCUGUAGAAGCAUAACACGAGUUUAUUUUCUUCCAUAUUUGGAAGUUUAUCACUUUAUUUGAUGCAUUUACAUGUAUAUUUAUUUUACAUGGCAUUCUGUACCAAAUUGCUGAUUUGGAGGUUUUUUAGAAUUGUUACACUGUAAUGUUUAUUUAAUGUUAAAUCUAUUAAAGAAAUGUUUGGUGCUCCA